ACUGCACUGACCUGCACUGAUCUGCACUCCGCACUCGGCGCUGCACAAUUUUAGAUACAAGAACGAUACAAGUAGAUAUAAACAAUGGUACCUGUAUUUAAUAAGCGUAAAAUUCGUAGCAACGCUACGAGAAAGCGGAAAGAAGCGAAUAGUAGUGACGAUAGCAGCGAGGAUGAAACUACGGUGAUUAAAAAGGAGAGGAAACGAGACGAUCAUAAUCCUAUGAUUCAAAGUACAAAUGUAAAAAAACAGCAGGAAAAAAUUCAUUAUGACAAUGAUACUGAUGAUGAUAUAAGGGUUUCCUAUAAAAGUAGCGGAAAUGCUUUACCAGCUGGUCCGAGUGACCAAGGAGCAACAGCUAUUCUUCAAACGGAAACGGAAAAAGACAAAGAUGCGCAAGCAUUAUUCGAAAAAGCCCAAAAAAUAAAUGAAGAAUUGGAAGGAAAAGAAGAUGACAAAAUUUACAGGGGUUUAAAUAAUUAUGCGCAAUAUUAUAAAAAGAAAGACACAGCAGCUGGUAAUGCGUCUAGUGGCAUGGUUCGUAAAGGACCAAUUAGAGCACCCUCAAAUCUUAGGGCAACUGUAAGAUGGGACUAUCAACCUGAUAUCUGUAAAGAUUAUAAAGAAACUGGAUUUUGUGGCUUUGGAGAUAGUUGUAAGUUUCUUCACGAUCGGUCGGAUUAUAAAUUGGGAUGGCAAUUGGAAAGAGGGGCUGCUACUGGAGAAUGUGAUAAUAGUGGAGAUGAAGAUGAUAAAAAGUAUGAGAUUGAUAGCGACGAAGACAACUUACCAUUUAAAUGCUUUAUUUGCAGAAACAGUUUUACAGAUCCAGUUGUCACAAAAUGUAAGCAUUAUUUUUGUGAAAAAUGUGCUUUGCAACAAUAUAAGAAAAGUACACGAUGUUAUGUUUGUAAUACUCAAACUAAUGGCACUUUUAAUCCUGCAAAAGAAAUCAUUGCACGAACUAAAAUGGAGGAGAAAGAAAAAAUAACCACCGCAAGCGAAGCCUCUGAUGACGAUUAACAAAAAUAAAACAACAUCUUUACUUCCAGACAUACAAUUUUAACAAUUAAUGUAUAAUAUGAAGAGUGACAAUUUUUAGAAAUUGUAAGCAUUAAUA